AGUCUCUCAAUGAGUGGCGGGGUUUGAAUCCGUGACCUUAAGGACACCACAACCCUGCGUGCCAACUGCGCUGCGACCUCAAAACCCUUAUUUUAAUAGCUGAAGAGACCAACAUCUUAUCGCCCAAUUCUUGUAUUUUUGAAAAAGAAAAAAAAAACAAUUGUAAAACAAGCAUUUGCACUCACCUUCUAUAUCGCCUCCCCCAUUAGCGGGUGCCCGCACUUCUGUUUCUCAUUCAAUUCAUUGAUUUCUCAUAUAUUCAGCUGCCUUGGUAUUUUUUCCCAACUCAAGCAUAUACAGAAAAGGUCACUGCUUUCAGCAAACAAGUUCCGAUGCAUGCAAGGAAAAUAAAGUAUAAAAACCAAUGGAAUUAUGUGAUUCAACGCAGCAAAUAUAUUUGUAGCUCUAGUCGUCAAGAUUAUUCUACCGGACAAUAUCGGAGCACUGCAGCAAGAGCCUGUAGCUUGGUCGAGGGACAUGUGUUAAAUUCUUCUUUAUUAUCACGGAUUUCAUCCAAGAGAUGGUGUAGAAGAUCCAGUUUGAGGCCAGAUGUUGGAUGGGAAAAAUCAUCUCUAAGAUUUUAUAGUUCCGAAGGUGAUGGAAGGAAUGCAAGUGAGGAUAAGCUUGUUCCUAACAAAGAUGUCGUGGGUUGUGGAAAGGAAAAGAUACCCAGGGAAAAUACAGAGAAUAGUUCCAGGCAUUCUGAUGCACAUGCCCGCCUUGGGGAGAAUGAUCAAAUGGAGUGGCUUAAAAACGAAAAAAUUUCUAUGGAUAAUAGAAGGAAGGAGUCUCCUUUUCUAACUCGAAGAGAAAGAUUUAGAAACGAGUUCCUGCGAAGGAUUACUCCAUGGGAAAAGAUAACAGUAUCAUGGGAUGAUUUCCCUUAUUAUAUACAUGAACACACUAAACAGCUUCUCGUGGAAUGCGCGGCCUCUCAUCUGAAGCAUAAGUUGACUACAGCCUAUGGAGGCCGUUUGACUUCUGCCAGUGGGAGAAUUCUGCUUCGGAGCAUUCCAGGUACGGAGCUAUACCGGGAAAGAUUGGUCAGAGCACUUGCUCGGGAUUUAAAAGUACCAGUAUUGGUCCUUGAUAGCAGCAUUUUAUCUCCAUAUGAUUUCAACGAAGAUGAAUGUGAGUCAGAUGAGGAGAACUCCGCAUCCGAAUCUGAGAUUGAAGAUGAAAAUGAUGCAAGCAACGAGGAGGAUUAUACCAGCAGCGGCGAGGGAAGUGAUGAUGAAGUUGACAUAAAUGUCUCAGCUGAAAAUUUAAGAAAGCUUCUCCCAGGCAAUAUCGAAGAGUUUGAGAAGAGUGUUUCUGGAGAAUCUGAAAACUCCACGACAUCUUCAAACCCAGAAACUUCAGAGACAUCUAAUGUGGCCGGUCAUAAACUAAAGAAAGGGGAUCGAGUGAAGUACAUUGGACCAGCCAUUAAUAUUGAAGCAAACAAUAGGAUUGUAUUGGGGAAGAUACCAACAUUGGAUGGUCCAACAAAUGCUUAUACUAUUAUUCGUGGCAGGACUUUGUCUAGCGGUCAACGAGGAGAGGUUUAUGAAGUGAAUGAAGACCAAGUAGCUGUUGUAUUUGAUAUUAGUUCCCAGAGAACAAAGGAAGUAAAGGAUGCAAAAAGUGCUGAAGCUGUGUCAGAACCUUCAGUGUGUUGGCUUAAUGUGAAGGAUAUUGAACAUGAUCUUAAUGCUCAAACACACGACAGCUAUAUUGCAAUGGAGGUGCUUUGUGAGAUUUUGGAGUCACAACAGCCACUUGUGGUUUACUUUCCUGAUUCUUCUCUGUGGCUAUCAAGGGCAGUCUCAAAGUCGGAUCGGAAAGAGCUUGUCAGUAAGAUGCAAGAGAUGUUUGACAAAUUAUCAGGUCCUCUGGUCUUGAUUUGUGGACAAAACAAAAUGGAGACAGAAUCAAACUCAAAACAGAACAAAUUUACAAUGAUACUUCCAAACCUGGGCCGUCUUGCUAAGUUGCCUCUUUUGAAGAGACUUGCAGAGGGAUUAAGACCUUCUAAACGGUCUGGAGAUGAUGAAUUAUAUAAGAUAUUCACUAACGUGGUUUGUUUAGAUCUGCCGAAGGAGGAAGAUCUCUUGAAGAUAUUCAACAAACAGAUUGAGGAAGACAAGAGAAUUGUAAUAUCACGAAGCAAUUUGAGCGAAUUACACAAGGUUCUUGAGGAACACGACUUAUCAUGCAUGGACUUGUUACAUCUAAAAACUGAUGGUGUUGUACUGUCAAAACAGAAAGCAGAGAAGGUGGUUGGCUGGGCCAGAAGUCAUUACCUAUCCUCAUGUCCCCUUCCUUCAGUCAAGGGGGAUCGGUUGCAGAUUCCUCGCGAGAGCCUUGAAAUUGCAAUAUUGAGGUUAAUGGAGCAGGAAACAGCUCUGAAGAAGCCGACCCAAAACUUGAAGAAUCUUGCUAAGGAUGAGUACGAGAACAACUUCGUUUCAGCAGUGGUUCCUCCAGGAGAGAUUGGUGUGAAAUUUGAUGAUGUGGGUGCACUUGAAGACGUGAAGAAGGCACUAAAUGAACUUGUGAUUCUGCCUAUGCGGAGACCUGAGCUUUUCUCCCGUGGAAAUUUGUUGCGGCCUUGCAAAGGGAUAUUACUUUUUGGUCCUCCUGGAACUGGAAAAACCCUUCUGGCGAAGGCACUUGCAACUGAAGCGGGUGCAAAUUUUAUCAGUAUUACUGGUUCAACACUUACAUCCAAGUGGUUUGGUGAUGCUGAAAAACUUACUCGUGCACUUUUCUCCUUUGCCAGCAGGCUGGCUCCUGUUAUAAUUUUUGUUGAUGAGGUAGACAGCUUACUUGGUGCUCGUGGUGGUGCUUUUGAGCAUGAGGCAACUAGAAGAAUGCGAAAUGAAUUUAUGGCAGCAUGGGAUGGCUUGAGGUCAAAAGACAGCCAGAGAAUCCUUGUGCUUGGUGCUACAAAUAGGCCAUUUGACCUUGAUGAUGCUGUUAUUCGUCGUUUACCAAGAAGGAUCUAUGUUGACCUGCCAGAUGCUGAUAAUCGUCUUAAAAUACUCAAGAUAAUAUUAUCUCCAGAAAAUCUAGAAACUGGGUUUCCCUUGGAACAACUUGCAAAUUCUACUGAAGGUUAUUCUGGGAGCGACCUGAAGAACCUCUGUAUUGCUGCAGCAUACAGACCUGUCCAAGAGUUGCUGGAAGAAGAAAGCAAGGGUGGCAAAUCUGAUGGAGUUCCGCUUCUAAGACCGCUCAAGUUGGACGAUUUUACUCACGCUAAAACCACGGUGGGACCAUCAGUUUCCUUCGAUGCAGCCAGUAUGAAUGAGUUGAGAAAAUGGAAUGAACAAUAUGGCGAAGGCGGAAGCAGGAAAAAGUCACCAUUUGGUUUUUGAUAGUAGCAUCAAUCGGUCCCUGGACAACCCGUUUUUUUGAAGUUAGAAGAUGCAAAAAGUGGCACCUGUAACGGAAAAUAGCUUCCCCCCCUAAACCCUAAACCUCCAGACAAGAGAGAGAGGCUGCGGACAGAAGCUUCGCCUCGUUACAUAAUAACUCAUUUGGUAGAUCUCACCAUAACAGGCAUAGAGGCUGAAAGGGGAACAGGCUAAUUUGCUGUUGUAUCUUUAGCAAAUUCUAACUUAGUAAUCCUUUAUGUUUUCUAAAUUAUAAGUGAUCAUAGUUUACAAGUUCUUAAUGUUUCAGUUGAUUCUGGUUUCUCUUUCUUAAUAAUAUGGUAUUGGUGCAUAAUGAGAUACAACCGUGCAAUGGAUUAUUUUA